AGGAGAGAGAAGAAGAGCCUCCCAUUACAGAUUACAGUCUACUCUCCUCCCCUCCCCCCUCCGAGAACAACAUGGCGAACUGAGCUGAGUACACCUGCGCUGCUCUCUGGACUCUUUAACUUUUCUGUAGCCUGAUGUAACUUUUCUAAUGGUCUAAAUCAUUCGCGAUAAUCAACCCGCUUCUGAUAUCGGUGUGCGCUUUUGAGGCUGUUCGGUCGUCUCGAUGAAACCUUUACCGGAACCAUGUAACGAGCAUCAGAAGAAAAGCUCGGACUCUGCUGCCCGCGGGGAGAUGCCGAGUGUGGAGGCGAAAGCUGUACCUGGAAACACGGAGCUCAGCGCGGAGAGUCCAGCACAGCUGAAUGGCUUCACUGUCCCUCCGAGUGUGACUGGUGCUACCUCGCAGGCUGAGUCUCACUCUCCCUCUCCCUCUCACGCCCCUCCACUGAACCCCCAGCCUCCCAGAGAGCAGUGGGGCGGCAAGUAUGAGUUUCUGCUCUCCUGUCUUGGCUACUGUGUCGGCCUGGGAAACGUCUGGAGAUUCCCUUACCUCUGCUACCGGAAUGGAGGAGGUGUGUUUCUCAUCCCGUACUUCAUCAUGCUGUUCUUCACGGGCAUGCCCCUCUUCCUCAUGGAGCUCAGCUUGGGCCAGUAUGGUGCCGCAGGCCCCAUCACUGUCUGGAAAUGCUGUCCACUGCUUAAAGGGAUUGGCAUAGGGAUGCUGUGCGUGUCUACACUUGUGUGCCUCUACUAUAACGUCAUCAUUGCUUGGACCUUUUAUUACCUGGGUAAUUCCUUCCAGAGCCCACUGCCAUGGUCCUGUGAUGCUAGUGCUAAUGCUAAGUUCUGUAAUACCACAAACACCACAAUCUCUUUGAGUCCAUCUGAGGAAUUCUGGAAUGACCGUGUCUUGGGUGUGCGAAGUAGUAAGGGCCUGCAUGACCCUGGACCAGUGAGGUGGGAGCUUGCUCUGUGUUUGCUGGCAGCGUGGGUCAUCAUUUUCCUUUGCAUGCUGAAGGGCAUUCGCAGCUCAGGCAAGGUGGUGUAUGUGACGGCCACCUUUCCCUACUUUGUACUGAUAGUUCUGAUCAUCAGAGGGGCCACUCUGGAGGGCUCUCUCCAGGGCGUGGCCUUCUACCUCACUCCAGUCUGGGAGCGACUGGCUAAUGCACAGGUGUGGAAUGAUGCUGCAUCACAGAUCUUCUACUCACUGGGCAUUGGAGUAGGAGGGCUUCUGUCAAUGGCUUCCUACAACAAAUUUGACAAUAAUGUCAUCAGGGAUACGCUGGUGAUCACCAUAGGAAACUGUGCCACCAGCUUCUUUGCAGGCUUUGCAAUAUUCUCCAUCUUAGGUCACAUGGCCUGGAAGAAGGGUGUGCCAGUAGAAAAAGUGGCAGACACAGGUCCAGGCUUGGCUUUUGUAGCAUACCCAGAGGCAUUAGCUCUUUUGCCUGGUUCAGUUUUCUGGGCCAUUCUGUUUUUCCUCAUGCUGUUCAUGCUGGGAGUGGACACACUGUUUGGUAACAUGGAGGGUGUUACCACAGCAGUGCUGGAUGAGUUUCCUCAGCUGAGGGCCAAUGUGAAACACAAGACUCUGUUUCUGGGCCUGCUCUGCUUUGGCUUCUACCUGAUGGGCCUGUUGCUGGUCACUAAUGGAGGAAUAUACUGGUUCACCCUCAUAGACUCAUUCAGCACCAGCUUUGGACUCAUCAUUAUCACUCUCUUCAUGUGUCUGGGCAUCUCAUUCUUUUAUGGGGUGAACCAGUUCUGCCAGGACAUAGUGGACAUGAUCUGUCGCUGUCCACCCUGGUGCACCAAAGCGCUGCUCUACUUCAAAGCAUGCUGGGUGUUCUGCACACCAUUCUUGUUACUGUUCAUCCUGACCUACAUCUUCAUUGAGAUGUACAGAACCUCUCUCCAUUACGGCUCGUAUGUGUUCCCGCGGUGGGGCAAGGCGCUGGGAGUGUGCAUGGGAGCUAUCUGCUGUCUGCAGAUUCCUAUCUGGGCCAUUGUAGCCGUCAGUAAGGAGUCUGGCACGCUGAAAGAUCGCUUUCAGAAAGCCAUCCGGCCGCUCAACUCCUGGCGGGUAAACAACCUGAACAGCACCGCUCAGGAGCAGCGCGUGGAGCCGGAGAGAAUAGAUGGACCCUUCACUGUUAACCUCACCGAGGUGGACUUCACUGCUAUGGCCUGGGAGAGCAGUGAAGCAUAAUAAUGUGCUCUCCCUGUGUUAUGAGAGCAAACUACAGGAGUAGAAGACUCUCCGUGUUUUAUGGCCAUGGGCAAAAGCUCACACUGCCUAAUGAUUACACUCUCAAAACUGAUGUGUUAACUGACAAUACGCUUUUUGUGUUGUCACUGUUUUAACACAUUUUAUAUUAUAUAAAAUUAUAUAAAAUAUAUAUAUAUUAUAUAUAUGGCCUGAAGAAUACAGCACAAUGCAGCCUCUGGCAUUGACUGUAGAGCACAUGUAAUUAUAUUCUGAACACACUCCCUGUGCUGAAUAACAAAUUAUUUGGACAUAGAGACUGUGUUAUGUGUAACACGUCUGCUUUGAGAGUGUAGUAAAAAUAUAUACUCCAUACUAUCUGCACUAUCUGGUGUUUAGUGCCUAAACAGUGCCUGUUUUCUGUGUGGUAAUCAGAGGACUUGCAUAUGUUAAAACUGGAAAUAAGUGGGCAAUUUCAGGUAUUUGUGUUUCAGGAAACUGAGUUACUAACAGCAUUCCAGUUUACUGUUCUCAAAAAGCCUGAUUGUCAGUCAUCUGGUCAAACAAGGCUUUCGCCCAAUGCCAGCAUAUGGAGAGCAGCAAGGUCUUCCCCAAUGGGGAUUAUUCAGAAAAGCACAGUUAUUGCUGAAAUGGUCCUCCAACACAUUAUGCUGAAUUAUUUAUGUUCAUGUGUAUUUUAUGUUAUUGAGUAUCUUACUAGUUUUACCUUGAGCCUUCUGCCUCACCUGAACUGGGCCAAAGCAUAAAAGUGUAUGUGAGGGAAACAAAAACAUAUUUAACCAACAUCUCUUACCGUGUCAUUGUCUCGGUGGGUUAGCGCCCACAACAUGAAGACUGAUUUUAAAUUAAUGAUAGUUUUGUCUUUAUUAUGUCUGAUUUUCCUAAGUGACCUGUGGUUCAGAGAUGAAUGUCAGCCAGACAUCCAGGGAUCCAGUGACUGUGGAAUAAAUUUUUAGGCCCAUUUA